AUGUAUGAGGUCAGAGAUCCUGGUUUUCCAACAAAUUUCUUUUCAUUUAAACCAUUUGGUGAUAUAGCAAGCAAUGAGAAUGAAGAGCAGACAUUAUUUUUUGAUAUCAUUGGUGUUAUCACUGCACCUGGAAGAGUUGUGAAGCAAAGUAGAUAUAGGUUGAUUGAAGUGGAAAUAAGUGAUGAGCACCAUAAUAAGAUAUUGUGUACAAUUUGGGAUUCCAAUGUGGAUUUUUAUUUGUUUCAAUUGAAAAAGGCUGAAGGGACUGUUCCUAUAAUCAUAGUGCAGUUUUGCAAGGCUAAUGUUUUAAGAGGUGAGAUUGGCGUGUCUACUUAUUUUCAAGCAUCCAUUAUCCUAAUUAAUGCUGAUAUGGAUGAAGUCAAAGAGUUUAGGCAGAGGGAGUUUGAUGAUCUUGAUGUCAAGUCUAUUAGUGAUGUUGUCUAUUUGGUGGAUGGCUCUUACUGGGUCUUUGAUAAAGUUGAAUCAAUUGAGUCUCAUUUUGGAGAGUGGUUCAGGUUUGUAGUCAACAUUGUUGAUGACACAAGUAAUGCAUCCCUUUUGUUGUGGAAUGGAGAAGCUAUUCAACUAAUUGCUAAAAGGGUGACUGACUUGAUUGGAAGCAAUAUGGAGAAUAAUGUUAUAGAAUAUAUUCCUAGGAAAAUUGAGGAGCUGCUUUUGGGUCAAGAGAUGUUGUUUAAGGUUCAAAGAAGGAAUAGCAAGGAAUAUUAUCGUAGAUAUCUGUAUACGGUUAACAAAAUUUGCAACAUCCCAGAUAUAGUUGAGAAGCUUGUUCCUCUGAAUAUUGGAUCACAAGUUUUCAAUUCUGAUGUGAAGUUGGUUGAUUUACUCUUUGGUGCUGAUAUUGUAGAGGGCUUUGUCACUCCUAAUUUAUCUGUGGUUACUAAGGCAGAUGGGAUUGAAUGGAUUGCUGAGGGAAGUGUGAAGAGGUGUUUGGAAGAUGAGUUUGAUAGCUGUGAUGAUGUGUCUUUUAGAUAG